AUGAACUCACAUUCCGUUGGGCCAUUGAUAACUCCAAACAGUUUGUAAGAUACAAGUGUGUCCUGGAAAGUGGAAACUGCGUCUAUCAAUAUUCAAUAUUCAUCAUUCAUCCUCAUCAGUCAUCCCCCCGUUGAACCUGAAAUUCUUCUGCAAAUAUCUAAACUUUCUCUCUUUCUCGUCUACCACAGUCAGGAUUAGGGUUUGAAACGAACAACAAAAACAGUUUUUCUGAGAAAUGGACAUUGCAGAGAAGAGAGAUUCACACAACACUAACAACACCAACAACAAUCAAAUUCAAGGCGUUGCUGAUAAUUCACUUGUCGAUAGAGAAGCCGAAGAUCGUGAACGCCAAGCUCGCGACCUUAAAGCUGGCCUCCAUCCUCUCAAGCACAAACUUGUGUUUUGGUAUACUCGUCGAACCCCCGGUGUGAGAACACAAACACCUUAUGAAGAUAGCAUGAAGAGACUUGUGGAUUUCAGCACUGUUGAAGGAUUUUGGGUCUGCUAUUGUCAUUUUGCACGUCCGUCUACAUUGCCAAGCCCCACUGAUUUGCAUAUUUUCAAGGAGGGAAUUCGCCCAUUAUGGGAGGAUUCUGCUAAUUGCAAUGGUGGGAAGUGGAUCAUCCGUUUUAAGAAAGCUGUUUCAGGGCGCUUCUGGGAAGACCUGGUUUUGGCCUUGGUAGGUGACCAGCUUGACUAUGGCAACAAUAUAUGUGGUGCAGUACUUAGCAUACGUUUCAGUGAGGAUAUAGUGAGUGUUUGGAACAGGAACGCAUCUGACCAUCAGGCUGUGAUGGCUUUAAGAGAUGCUAUUAAACGACACUUGAAGCUUCCGCACAGCUACAUGAUGGAGUACAAGCCUCAUGAUGCUUCUUUACGAGACAACUCUUCAUACAGGAACACAUGGUUGAGGGGAUAAGCUUAGACGUUUCUUUCUUAAAGAAAGCAUCUUUGAGGGUAUAUUUCAUGUGCUUGAUACUUUUAUCUGUAUUACUGGAGACUGGAGUUGCACCUGUUGUUAGGUCCUCAAUUCCCAAAAUGGCCAGAAUUACUGCAGCUGAGGAAUAUACUGUUUAUCAACCUGUUAAGCUAACUUGUUUUGGAUUUGUAUACGUUUAUCUUUCACUUAAUUUACAGGAAAUGGGCCCUGGAUUACAGGUUAUUUCGCA